CAAAAAUAAAAUGGCGAUAUCAAAUUUAUCACAAAAUUCUCCUUAAGAGACAUCCAAAUGAAUAGAAAGUGGUGUAAUCUUGAAGAUUUUUCGUCUGUUUGGUGUUAAAAACGUUAGAGCUAAGAUACUUCAGUCACACUUUUUUGUCUUCCCGUUUUUCCUGUCAGCGCAAUGGAUGGAGCAAGGAUACUGUUGUUUUUUUCUUUAGCGAUCAUGUCAGCAGACCAGAUAACAAGAGAAGGCUUACCUGCUUUAACAAAUGGCCAUCCAGGCACUAACCGUGGCUAUGGUAUUAUGGGAACAACUGAUGAAGAAGACAGCGAAAAGUGGGCAAAGGAACAAGAUAAGGCAUUUAAGAAGCUGGAAAAGAAUUGGUUUCAACGAAGGUUUAGUGGUGGUGGAAGCGGUAGUGGAGCUGAAGAAAGCGGAUCAGGAAGUAACAGCAAUAAACGCAAGAAACCCAUUCAAAUGUUAAUAAGCCGAUUACGCAGUUCAGAUAUCAAGCUUGGCCACAAGAGGCAGAUGGGUUACGAUGUACAGUCUUAUUCAAACACAGAUGCUAACAGAAUCAUUAAACAAGCAGUAAAUGAAACUAUUCAAGAAAAUACGACUGAACCUCCGCCAAUGCCACCUACAAUGCCCAAGACAACCAGCCCAGUUGAGCCUUACACGUAUCUCCCACCCAAUAUUACUGUUCCUCCCUCUAAGGUGACUGUGAAUGAGGUUUCAGAAACUACUACGGUUCAAGGAUCAGGUACAGCCUCUUCUAGUGUCAAUGUUAAAGGUGUCGGAGGCCAGGAAAUGUCCAUCAAAACAUCCCAAAAGGGUCCAAAUGGAGAUGGAGCAAAUAACACAUACAGUGCUAAUGGGCCAAAACCAGGAAUGCCAGUUUCUUUACACGUAGGUAAUAACUUGUCAAGUAUUGAUAUUGUGGAUAUGAAAACAACUCCAUCAAAAGCUAUUAAUCAACCAAGUUCUUAUGGAUAUUACCCGGAAUACAGUGACGCCCAAGUGCAGGAACCACAUUCUCAAGCUUUAAUUACCACCGUAUCUGGCUUGGUUCGAACUGCUCAAACUCAACCGACAGUUACACCUCUUACGCCUGUUACAAAUAACAAUACUACAAGCUUUCCUUAUAGCUACAAUAAUCAAAACCAAAUGGAGACAUCGACUGAGAAUAGCCAACCGGCAGAGACAUCUACGGCUGGCAGCAGCUAUCAAGUAAAAGGUUAUGCAAGUAAUUUGUCAAAUUAUACAUCAACAAAUAUGAAUCCUUCCACAGCCAUGGCAACUUCUGAAGGAGCCAACAAUGAAAAUUCCACUUAUAAUCAACCUUCUGUUAUAGCCGAAACUACUACUAAUUAUUAUUUAGGCGGAGUGCAAAUACAAAACCAAUCGUCUACACUUGGACAACAGUCGCAAGCACAGCAAGGCAGCUUGCCAACGAGGAGUACUUUCCCAUGGCAAAAUGUAACUCUGCCUCUUGCUCAAGGUCAAAAUCCCAAUCCUAGUAUUUCGCCUACUCAAAGAGCCGAUUUAACCCGUGGGAUUCAAAACUCUAACUCAGUGCCGUUUGAGAUUCAAAAGACGGAAAGCCAGACGCCAUAUAUGUCGGUUCAAUUCCAGACUGAAGUGGCUAACCCAACUAAGUCCCAAGGACUCAACAUCCGACCCAUACACAUUGGUCGGCUUGUGACUCAUGACAAAGAUGGAGGAUUAGUAAUUAGCAGUAGUAGUACUUACGAAAUUGGAAGAAAUGUAUUUGACGCUGGUUCUUCUUACCAUGGAAGCACUACUUUAAAUAAUGCUGGAAGCAUUCAAAAUACGCAACAACAACCAAGUGCCACAAAUACAUUUUUGAACACCACUACUAAUAUAAGCAGUCCAACAAACAAACCCAACUCAGCAGGAACAUGGGGGUAUUUUAACCAGCAAAACCAAAGGGCCAGCCCAACUAUCUUUGUCACUCCACCAAAGGAUACCUCUCCAACGCCAACUAGCUGGUUGCCCACCUAUUCAUUAUUGAAAAGUAUGAAAACAGGAGCACUUGCUUCACAGCCAGACCAGGCGACCGCAGAAGCUUCAAUAAACAUAACUGAGAUAUUAUUUCCAAAGGACGAUCACAAAGGAUUGCCUGUAAUGGUGAUGCAGUCGCCUUCUAGAGAAAACAACCCAACAGUUAAGCCUUCUCCGAUCCCACUCAUAGACAAAGGUAUCUCACAAGCAAAAAUGAAUGAAUCAAAUUUGGGUCAAUUUCAGUUUCAAAAUGUGGGCCCAACUCAAGGUCAAGCAAAUGGUUCAACUCAAAUAUUAACUCAGGGCCAAACUCAAGGUUCAAUGAAUGGUCCAACUCAAAUAUUAAACAAGGGCCAAACUCAAGGUCCAACCAAUGGUCCAACUCAAAUAUUAACCCAGGGCCAAACUCAUGGUCCAACAAUGGGUCCAACUCAGAAAUCAACUCAAAGCCCAACUCAAGGCCCAACAAAAGUUAUAACACUGAAAUUAACUCAAGGUCCGACUCAAGGUCCAGUUCCGACUUCUGGAGUUUCAACGUCAAUGUUCUCACUUGGAUCAAACCCAACAGUGGUUGGUACCGUGAAUCCAACGGCUGGAAUAAGUACUGUUACAAGUAAGUUACCAACAGCUGAAAGCAGCGCUUCUUUAUUGGCGGGCGAAGAAAAGGCAGCUGGCAACACGACUUACCUUAUCCCCAGUAUAGAAGAAAGUGGAACCAUUUCCUUGCCAGGAAGUCAGACUGAUGAGCUAACUGCAAAGGAAAUGGAAAACAUGAUGCAUGUAGAAGAUAUCGAAGACACAUUGUUUGGAAACAAAGAUAGUAUGUCCAAUGAGCUCCCAAAAAAUGAGGUAAGCCCUGGUGGUGAAAAAGAAGAGAGUGCGACACCGCAAAAGCCAAUCCAGGCACUAAUUUCUGAAGUACCAACUGCAGACCCAUAUAAAGGUGUAAAAGAUGCUUUGCUCUCAGUAGACAUUGCUCAACUGAAACCUGGAGAGCUUCUUAGCCUCCGGCUUCCAAACAGUCAAACAAGCGAUAUAUUCCAAGUCAAGGACAUUAAGUCAAAUGAUGAUGUGUCAGCUUAUUCGAGUGAUCUUGAUAAUGACCACGAGAAGUCGCUUGACAAAAAGCACAUUCUAUAUGCCAUCAUAGAAAAAGUAAAACAUAAUAAGGAUUAUCGAAAUGCAAUGAAAGCUAUAUUUUCGACAGGUGAUAGAAGAUCAUGGAAAAGCUCAAAGAAAUCAGGAUCUGUUGUCAGAGGAAAGUUAAAAACGAUUGCACUACCUCAGAGGGCCAUCCUUAGAAGUUAUUCCAAAAAUCAAUUAGAUAAAAAGAACGAAGAAAAAUUUGCAAAACUUGUCCAGGAAAAUAUUGGGUUAAUGAAUGUAGCUGGUUCACAUUUUUCUAAAGAAAUGAAAAAUCCUGAUAUUGAAUUUGAUCAAGUUCAUCAUGUCGUAGAAAAGUACGUUAAGAAAGACAGCAAUGAUGCAAAUAAGUUGCGCCUUAAGUUGAUGUCAGUAGGAGCAAAGAUGCAUCGUCUACAACGGAAAUCAAGUAUCAGAGGCUCUAAGAGGUCUGGCCUUCGUGGUCAUCGCCAUUAUAAUAAGAAAAAGUCAAGUGAUGAAAAAGGUUAUAAGAAAACAGAAGGAACUUUUGAAGUGACGUUGAACGUCUCUGGUAAGAAGAAGAAGCCAAGUGAAGAAAAAACCAAAGAAGACGAUAAAUCAGAAAAAACAGCCAAUAAACUUAAACCCGGAAGCAAGCUAAAAUUCAUGGGAACUUUUACGGACCAGAAAAAAGAAAAUGGAGAAGAAGACAAAGUGAAAAAGAUAUCAUCUUUACGAACAGAGCAAACUUCACAGGGAUUGCAGCCUAACAGACAGCCAGGAAACGUAAUUAUUGAGGACGAAAAGGGUAAUGUAUUGUACAAGGGCCCAGUUGACAUAGCGGCUCUUAACCAAACUGUUACCAAAAAUGGAGGAAAUGACACUGGCUUUCAACUACAAAAUGUAGGCUACAGAGUAGACCCAUCAGCAAAUUCUGAAGAAAAUGUCGUUCUUAAGCAAGGUUUGCAGCAAGUGAUACCGAAGAAAAGAAGCAGAGGGUUACUCCAUCGUCGCCAUCGUCUUGACAUACAUAACAACCAUUUAAGACGAAGAUACUCUAGGUCUAUAGAAAUAAAAAAGGAUGUUAUAGCAACAAAAAAGACUGAUGGAACUUUUAAGCUGACUCUUGCGGUAUCUGGUAAGACAAAAGAAGCAGCAAAUGCAGAAACAAAUAAAGAAGGAAAAGAUGACGUGAACAUUAAUGACGCUAGGCAUCAAUUAUUUCACGAUGAGAAAGAGCUAACGUUCAGCGGCACGUUUACUGAUGGCAAAGAUUCGAAAGACGAAAACGGGAAUGAGAAGAAAAAAGAGAAAGAGAAUGGGGAGGAACACGAAGAGCAUAAGAAAGAAAAUGAGGAAGAAGAAGAAGAGCAGCAAAGCAAGGAAAAGAAAAAAGCAGAAAAUGAACAGAAAUCUUCAGAAAAAGAAUUUUCAAAUAAAAACGGUCAAGGUAACACUACAUCAAUGUCACAACCAAAAGUAAAUGCAACAAAUGUGAUAAUAGAAGAUGGAAAAGGGAAUAUUCUUUAUAAAGGACCAGUCGAUAUUGCUGCAUUAAAUAAAACUGUGUCGACUAAAAAUGGAACAUAUUCAGGAUUCCACUUGGAAACUGCAGGCUAUAAAAUCGAAGAAUCAACAGAUCCUCAGGAAGUGGAACUCCUAAACGAUGGUUUACAGCAUGCCAUACAACCAAGUGGUACAGGUACAGAUCCUCAGGAAUUGAAGCUCCUAAACGAUGGUUUACAGCAUGCCAUACAACCAAGUGGUACAGGCAGCCCGUUGCAGUUUCUUGAACCUAAAAGAAAGAGAAGGUCCUUACUUGAUGAUACUCAGCCUUCAAAGAAAACAGAUGGGACUUUUACUUUAACUCUUGCAUUAAAAGAUGACAAGAAAAAGAAGAAAGAAAACGAGGAGCAAAGGAAGGAAAAUAAAGAAAAAGAGGAUCAGCAAGAUAAGGAAAGAAAGCCAAAUGAAGAUGGAUAUUACUCUGAUUUUCCACAAAAGAACGACAACGACAACUAUAACAAGGAAACUGCAAGUGGGCUGGAAAAAUUAAGAAAUGUUGAAGACGGUAAAACUGAAUCGGAAAAAGCAAAAACGGUAUCACCACAUGUGAUAAUUGAAGAUGAACAUGGGAAACCUUUAUACCAAGGUCCGGUCGAUAUAUCUGCUCUUAACAAAUCUGUUGCAUCAAAGGGAGGAUCGUUAGGGUACGAGCUACAGAAAGCAGGUUACCAACUUAUAAAAGAGCCUAAUCAAGAGCAACCUGUUAGUCAGAGCGAGACAACGAGCAGCCAAAAUGAUGUUGUCAUCCAGGAAGCCUCUGAGCAUCCAAAUAAUUCUCCCAACUCUGCAAGUGUAUACCAAACAAAACAGCAGUCAGAUAAUAGUGACACCAAUGUCAUCAAUAUUUCUAGCAGUAAUGGUGAUGUAUUGUCAGGCAAUCAGGAUGAUCAAAGGGUUUCAGUUGAUGUAACAAAUGAUGAUGGAAGCCAAGACCACAGCAUGUCUGCUGUAGGUAACGAACAGCAGUUAUUGAAAGUUUUGCAAAUAGCAUCAAAUAUCAAGCCUUCUGAUAUUUCCAGCAAUAAAAAGGAGCAGGAGGAUGGUACCAAAACCCUUUUUAAUGCGUUGCCAACGUUAAAUAAAGAGAUUGAUCAAAAACCAAGCAAAUCAAAAUUCAACCCUUUGCCCGCGUUUAAUGAUAAAGAAUAUGCCCAGCAACAAUCAGUCAGUGAUGGUAAAAUAAAAUUUGUGCAAGAUCAAAUGGAUAAGAAAAAAUAUCGCGAAGAUAAAGCAAAAGUAAAAAGUUCGGACCACAAAAUCAAAAAUCAGGAACAAAAUGGUUCAGAUCAACGGAAGAAUCCUGUUACAGCAUCCACCUCCUUCGUAGAUACGACUAACAGUAAACUUCUUCAUAUAUAUACACCAAAGCCCGAAUUGUCCUCAAAGAAUCGCAAUUUGGAGGGAAAUUCGAAGCAAAAUGAUCAAAGUGCGCCAGAGAAAAUUCCAAGUGACGAAAUGCCUCAUGAUGAAAAAAAUAGUCAAAGUAACAAAUCCUUAGGAAGUGCAGCAAAGGCGCAAAACGAUGUGGAAUUGAAAAAUAAAGAGAACAGUUACAAUGUGUUAAUGACUGACGCUCAAAAUGGUGCAUCUUCUAUUGGAGGAAAAAUACUGCAGUCAGCUACCGUUAUAGAUGAACACAAAGAUCGGAAUCAAAACGAAGGCUUGUCUAAAGAAAACCCAAUGGCAAAUACUAUUCCUAAUGAUGGUCAAGGAGAUGUUUCUGACAGCAGUUCUUUGAACAAAGAAAAUGAUCCAAAUCAAAAUGGACAAAUAAACCCAAAGAAUGUAGCGUUUCUAGCUCAAAAUAUACCUGCAAAUGUUCAAGUGAAUGAAGCAGGUAUAAAGACUCCAGCAUCUCAAAUGUCCCUUAUAGGACAAGACAUCAACAAUAAUGGCAAACACUUUCCAAAGAAAUACCAAGUUUUAAAGCUAACGAGAAACAAGCUAAAAGAACUGCUUGCAAGUAGUGCAAACACUGCAAAUGUUGCGAACACUGUAAACAUUGCAAACAAAGAAAAAGAACAACAGCAAAUCCCUGUUGCUGCAGCUAUGCAAGACAAUCCGAAAGUUGACAAUAAAGAUGAGUUUAAAGGGCCAAACAAUGGCAUGGAGCAGCCCAUAACUCUCAUUCUUUCAGGUCCGUAUCUCGACCAAUUAGAACCGAGGAACGAUAGCGCUAGCCCACCAACAAAUGCUUUGGCAAACGAUCAAUUAAAUAGUGGAAGUCAGGCACGUCAAAAUCAAGUCAAUAUGACGCAAACAAAUGUGAAGAAUGUAAAUGCUUGGCUAAAUAAUCCAGAAGGCAAGAACAUUUCCAGUAUGUUGCCAAACGAGAUGUUUGGAAAUGAUGACGACAAAAUAUUGAUUGGAGGAGGAGGGAAAACUGUUAGACCAGCAGCAGCAGCCGAAGGUGCGUUCAAAAGUCAAGAAGCUGCCUCAGGAUUGAAUGUACUGUUAAAAACCCCGGAAGUUCAAAACCCUGCCUUUUUGGUACAAAGCAAAAAUACAUCCCCUUUAAAGAUUUCGCCAAUAAAUCGUUUAGGAGUGGAAGCCAUGCCAACGAUAUCCGUCCUAAGUGGUUCUGGACAAAGAGUUGACUGCCAUGCAUUACCUGCUGGGAGCUCUUUAACACUGUUGAGAUGUGGACCAAAUGGUCAACGCAUAGUUGGUCCAACAGUAUCAACAAUUUCAAAGGCUCAGGUAGCAAGUAUGUUGAACCUCCAAAUGAACGAUAUGCCUCCACAGAACCCUGUACCACAACAUCGGUUAACAGAGCCAGAUGUUGUACAGAAUCUAAUGGGAGCACCUGAAAUACGGAUGAAUGACGAGCCUCUAUCAAAUAACCAACGCGAACCAAAGAAACAGGAAUAUGGAUACGGCACGGUAACAGACCCUACCCUCUACCACAAAAUGAGCACAGACAUAAGAGAUUAUCUAGAUAAAGAAAUUGAUGAUGAAAAGAAUAUGAUUCAAAACCUUCUUGUGGGAAGUAGUUCACCGAGGGCUUCGCUUCCAUCUCAAAAUAACGACGACACAGAUGAUAGUCUUCCCUUUGGGUUCGCAUACAUUCCCGGUGCAUCUGAAAGCAGCUUGUACAACACAGAAGUAAAAAACCAACAAAUGUAUCAGGGAUUCCCGAAUGAGUAUAUAAACACCUUGUCAAAUGUAGGUACCUCAAGGUUGCCCCAUAAGAUGUUUCGAUCAAGAUCAAGACAUAGAAAUACCAGGAGAUCCCAAAUUAAAAAAGCAAAUAGAAAACUAGGCCCUUGGAAACGUCGAAAAUCGAGCAGAAGCAGAAAAAAAUCUCGUGAACACCCUGUGAGACACUGGAGUUUUGGAGGGAUGUUUCCGCCUACUUUGCCUUUACUUAUACGUCCGCUUUAUCCACAACCAUGGUUGUUGACGAAGAGAUGUUGCAAUGAUAACAAAAACAAUCGUAAAUGUUCUAAAACUUUAUCAUCGCUAUCGAAAAUCGAGAAUUUGCCAACACCGGCCCCUGCCAGCAUGAGUGUGUGGGAGUAUCUUGGUCGAGUGCUGUGUAGCUGUCCCUGUUGUAUAGAAUGUUAUGACUGGUGAAAAACUUAAGUUAGGCCAUUACUUUUCUAGAAAAAAUGAAGAAGAACAGGCUCUGCGCAGCCAUUCUUACUUUGAAAAUAAGUAAGUCGACUUAUAAGAACAUGCAUGUCGGAACAAUUUUUGUAGAAGAAAAUAGGAAAUAGGUUAUCGUAAUAGAUGAUCAGACGCUUCUCGCAGUUUUCCAUGACACGACGUUUGAGAAUCAUGCGUAAAUGACAAGUAAAAUGUACAGCUGCAUUGCUGUCUCAAACGUUGGCUCAGUUGUGGGAAUUUACAUUGGUAGACGAGCUUGAAAUAAUAAUAGAAAUAUUGAAUAAUGAUUAUUAAUGCCACCGCCAACUGAAAUGUCCAACUCUGUUUGAAAGUGGUAGGGUUUUCCAUAUAUGUUUUAUGUAUGAUAUAUUCUAAUUGCUUGAUAGUAAGUGUUUAUUUAUAAUUAGUAAGGCAAUUGCAGCAAGAAUCGUGGCUUGAAAUAAAUACAUUGAUUGUGUUGUUGCACAUUAACCUAUUUAGUACACAGAUCAAUUAUGCAUAUACUAAUAUUUAUAAGAAAAUACGAAUACAACACAUUGAAACAAUUACUAUAUUUGGCUAUUAUAAAAUUCCUAUUUAACAAAUUUUACAAAAUCAAUCAAGUUAGUUAGACGAUCAAAAUUCUUAAUUUGUAAAGCAAGUGAGACUAGCUAUAAUUACGAAUUUAAACUGAAUUAAAUUAAGUACGUACUGUUGAAUAAUAAUAAGGAGUAUACACUUCAGAACAUACAACGUAGAAGCUGGGACACAAAGUUAUAAUAGAUUCUGGGAAAUCACGUACAUAAUUAUCCUCUAAUCUGUUCGUCUGAGAAACACAGAAGAUAUGAAACAUGUGUUAAGGCCUCCAUGCUUUCCGUCAGUGCAACCAAUGAUAAGCAUUUCACAUGUUGUAUUUCUAGGUACAUCUAAUUAACGUACUUUAUUUUGGUCUCAGCUUCUAUGUUCUGCGUUUUUGAGUGAUUUUGCUGCUAAGUUUAUACUGUUUAUAAGCAUGAAACUAUUAGUAGCAUGAUCAGGAUCUCAUCAUUACUCUUGACUAACGUUAAGUGUUGUAGAUGAAUAAAGUACGUUUAUCAAUUUUGUACAUCAAAUAAAAGAAUAAUUGUGUACGCUCA